AUGAGCGAAGGAACUGUUAAAGGAAAUAAUUAUGCAGAAUUUAAUGCAUAUCACACACUAACUGCGGAAGAAGCCGCCGAAUUCAUAGGUACAAACCUGACUCAGGGUCUCACUCAAGAUGAGUUCGAUCACAGACUAAAAACAGAAGGUGAGAACACGUUGGGUGAUGACACCAAAAUUGACUACAAGGCUAUGAUUCUCCACCAGGUUUGCAAUGCAAUGAUUAUGGUUCUGUUAAUAUCCAUGAUCAUCUCGUUUGCCAUGCACGACUGGAUUACUGGUGGUGUCAUUUCUUUUGUUGUCGGAGUUAAUGUCGGUAUUGGUCUUGUUCAGGAAUAUAAAGCUACCAAGACAAUGAACUCUCUGAAAAACUUAAGCUCACCUAGUGCACAUGUUAUCAGAAACGGAAAGAGUGAAACUAUUAAUUCAAAAGAUGUCGUUCCAGGUGAUAUUUGUUUAGUUAAGGUUGGUGACACUAUUCCUGCUGAUUUACGCUUGAUUGAAACCAAGAAUUUUGAUACUGAUGAAUCAUUACUAACUGGUGAAUCUUUACCUGUCUCUAAAGACGCUAGCUUAGUUUUCGGGAAAGAAGAAGAAACUUCUGUAGGUGAUCGUUUGAAUUUAGCAUUUUCUUCAUCCACUGUUGUCAAAGGAAGAGCUAAGGGAAUUGUCAUCAAGACAGCCUUGAACAGUGAAAUUGGUAAAAUCGCAAAAUCCCUACAAGGAGAUGCAGGUCUUAUUUCUCACGAUCCCAGUAAGUCAUGGUUACAGAAUACAUGGAUAUCUACGAAAAAAAUCACUGGUGCAUUCUUAGGUACGAAUGUAGGUACACCUUUGCACAGGAAACUAUCUAAACUGGCAGUAUUGCUUUUCUGGAUUGCUGUGCUAUUUGCAAUUAUUGUUAUGGCAUCACAAAAGUUUGGUGUUGAUAAGGGUGUAGCUAUUUACGCCAUUUGCGUGGCCCUAUCUAUGAUUCCUUCUUCCUUAGUCGUUGUCUUAACCAUCACUAUGUCCGUCGGGGCAACCGUUAUGGUUUCUAGAAACGUCAUUGUAAGAAAGUUAGAUUCCUUGGAGGCUUUAGGUGCAGUGAAUGAUAUUUGUUCUGAUAAGACCGGUACUCUUACACAGGGGAAAAUGUUGGCGAGGCAAAUUUGGAUUCCUCACUUUGGGACUAUAACCAUCUCUAAUUCUAGUGAUCCAUUUGAUCCAAAUGAGGGCGAUGUGAACUUGAUUCCAAGGCUAUCACCUUACGAGUACUCUCAUAACGAAGAUGGCGACGUCGGAAUUCUUCAAAACUUCAAGGAUCGCUUAUAUGAAAAAGACUUACCAGGAGACGUUGAUAUGGAAUUAUUUCAGAAGUGGCUUGAAACUGCUACCUUGGCUAAUAUUGCUACAGUAUUUAGGGAUGAUACAACAGAUACUUGGAAGGCGCAUGGUGACCCAACAGAAAUCGCUAUUCAAGUAUUUGCUACCAAGAUGGAUUUGCCUCGCAAUGCCCUUACAGGCGAGAAAUUAACUAAUCAAAAUAAUGAGGAUGAUCAAUCUUCGCUUUUACAACAUAAUGAGAAACCUGGUAGUGCUCAAUUCGAACAUAUUGCGGAAUUUCCAUUUGAUUCAACUGUGAAGAGAAUGUCAUCUAUUUACUCCAACAAUCACAAUGAAACGUACAAUAUUUAUGGUAAGGGUGCAUUUGAAAGUAUUAUCAGUUGUUGCAGCUGUUGGUAUGGUAAAGACGGUGCGAAAAUAACACCAUUGACCGGUAAUGAUAUUGAAACGAUUAGGAAAAAUGUUUACAGUCUAUCAAACGAAGGUUUAAGAGUUUUGGGUUUUGCCUCCAAAACUUUCGAAAAAGACAAAUUAAGUGAUGAACAACUAACAAAUAUCACUUCGAACAGAUCUGCUGCAGAAAGUGAUUUAGUAUUUCUUGGGUUGAUUGGUAUCUAUGAUCCGCCAAGAAAUGAGACUGCUGGUGCGGUCAAGAAGUUUCACCAAGCUGGUAUUAAUGUUCAUAUGUUAACAGGAGACUUUGUAGGUACGGCAAAAGCUAUUGCUCAAGAAGUUGGCAUAUUACCGACCAACUUGUACCAUUACUCUCAGGAGAUUGUAGAUAGUAUGGUCAUGACAGGAUCUCAGUUUGAUGGAUUAAGUGAAGAUGAAGUAGACGAUUUGCCCGUCUUACCCUUAGUUAUUGCUCGUUGUUCUCCACAAACGAAGGUUAGGAUGAUUGAGGCUUUACACCGCAGAAAAAAGUUUUGUGCAAUGACAGGUGACGGUGUUAACGAUUCGCCAUCCUUAAAGAUGGCGAACGUUGGUAUUGCAAUGGGUAUUAACGGGUCAGACGUUUCCAAAGAAGCGUCCGAUAUUGUUUUAAGUGAUGACAAUUUUGCUUCCAUUUUAAAUGCUGUCGAAGAAGGUCGCAGAAUGACAGAUAACAUCCAGAAGUUUGUUCUACAAUUGCUGGCUGAAAAUGUUGCUCAAGCAUUGUAUUUGAUUAUUGGGUUAGUAUUUAGGGAUGAAAAUGGUAAAUCAGUGUUUCCCUUGUCUCCGGUGGAAGUCUUAUGGAUUAUUGUCGUCACCUCUUGUUUUCCUGCCAUGGGACUAGGUUUAGAAAAGGCAGCUCCAGAUUUAAUGGACAGGCCGCCAAAUGAUUCAGAAGUGGGUAUAUUUACCUGGGAAGUUAUCAUCGAUACAUUUGCAUAUGGGUUUUUGAUGGCAGGCUCUUGUAUGGCUGCAUUCACUGGAUCCCUCUAUGGAAUAAAUAAUGGUGGAUUGGGAGUUAAUUGUGAUAGAUCUUAUAGUAAUAGCUGUCAUGAUGUUUAUAGAUCACGCUCUGCAGCUUUCGCAACUAUGACAUGGUGUGCCUUGAUUUUGGCUUGGGAAGUGGUCGACAUGAGAAGAUCUUUUUUUAGAAUGCAUCCAGACACUGACAGUCCAGUUAAAGAGUUUUUCAAGAGCAUUUGGGGAAACCAAUUUCUCUUCUGGUCAAUUAUUUUUGGAUUUGUCUCAGCUUUCCCCGUUGUCUAUAUUCCGGUUAUUAAUGAUAAAGUGUUUUUGCAUAAACCAAUUGGCGCUGAAUGGGGUCUUGCCAUUGCCUUCACGAUUGCAUUCUGGAUAGGCGCUGAACUUUACAAGUGCGGAAAAAGGCGCUAUUUCAAGACUCAAAGAGCUCACAACCCUGAAAACGAUUUGGAGAGUAACAGUAAGCGCGAUCCAUUCGAAGCGUACAGUACAUCAACCACGAUCCAUACAGAAGUAAAUAUUGGUAUCAAACAAUGA